CGUGAGUGACGGUUUGAUCGUUAGUUAAUUCAUAAAUGAGACCGGCGGCGCGAUAAAACUAAAAAAAAAAGUUGCAAUUUGUCUAUCAAUUUUGCUUUAUUUCUGUGUAACAUAAUAGUUUUUGUAGUGAAUACGUGAUAACGGUCUUCGAGGUUAACCAACCGGCAUGGUGUUUCUUUGAAAUGGGUCAUAGUGUAUAUUAAGCUAACAAUUUUAUAACGGAGCGCGCCCAUCGAAAUACGAAUUUCCCGUACAAAAUGGAGGAAGGCAAGAAAGAAAUCAAUUUAGAUUCGAUACUGGAGAGCUUGGGUCCGUACGGGCGCUACAAUUUACUGAAUUUCGUGCUCCUGCUGUACCCGGUCCUGCUGAGCAGCUUCUUCGAGUGCGGCUUUAUAUUCGAGGCUCAGGAACAGAAUUACAGAUGCGAAGUAGACGGCUGUGAGUUAAGGUUUAAUGAUACAUCCUGGCUGCAGUACGCUAUCCCGCUGGACGUGGAGAAACAGCGUCCUCAAUCCUGCUUCAUGUACGAGCAAGCAAACGUUACGAGUCAGCAGUGUUUGCCUGAAGACUUCAUCAAUAAAACUGUGCCCUGCGAGAGUUUUGUUUACGAAAACGAUUAUUCUUUUGUCAAAGAGUUCAACCUUGUCUGCCAAGAAUGGAAACGAGCGCUAGUCGGAACCAUCCAUAAUUCUGGAAUGUUUGUGGCCAUGCUGUUCACUGGAGCCAUAUCGGAUAGGUUCGGGAGGAAAGUUGCUGUAGGGUUUUCUUCCUGCGCAAGCUUCAUAUUCGGAUUCGCUCGAUCUUUCUCGCCGAGCUAUCUGUUUUUCGUUGCCAUGCAUUUCCUGGAGGCUGGUUUCGGCGGAGGACUUUACCCUUCAGCUUAUGUUUUCAUUGUGGAACUGGUUGGCCUCAAGCAACGGGUCAUCGUGUCGGCCAUGUGCAACAUGACCUUCGUUAUCGGCGUCGUUCUCAUAGCCCUUCUGGCCUGGGUUGUAGACAACUGGAGGACAUACAUCCUAAUCCUGUACUGCCCCGCCACAAUCGUCUUCGUAUACGUUUGGUUUAUGAACGAAAGCGCGCGCUGGCUUCUCAGCAAAGGACGAAGGGACGAAGCAAUUGACGUACUGAAACGCGCCGCCAAGAUCAACAAUCUAGACCCGAGGAGUCUGGAUCUAGACGCGCUCGGAGAUCCCCUGCUGAAACCGCAGAACCAAACCGGGGACAAAAAGUCUCAGAUGUACAAGGCCAUCAGAUCUGGUAUAAUAUGGAAACGGGUCGCGAUUUGCUCGUUUCUAUGGAUGACGUGUUCCCUAGUGUACUAUGGCUUUUCUAUUAAUUCGGUUUCUUUAAGUAGCAACAGAUACGUUAGCUUCAUGCUCGUGACGUUAGUGGAGAUACCUGCCUAUAUUGUGGUAGUCAUCGUGCUGGAUAAAUACGGGAGGAAGAAAACUUUAUUGACGACUUAUCUAACUUGUACGGUCAUGAGUUUGCUGUUCGCUUUCUUGCCAAGAUCUGAUUACUGGUCGAUACCGCUAUAUCUAGUUGGGAAAUGGAGCGUCACAUUAGCCUACAGUUCCGUCUAUAUAUACGUGUCGGAAGUCUUCCCUACUAACAUGAGGCAGACUCUGAUAAGCGUCUGCUCUACGGCUGGAAGAAUCGGCUCUCUAAUAGCUCCUUUAACGCCACUACUGUCAUAUUACCACAAAUCGAUGCCAACUGUGAUCUUCGGAGCGAUGUGCUUCAUAUCGAGCACUCUGGUCAUGAUGCUGCCGGAGACCAGGAACAUGAGGCUGCCGGACACGAUCGAGGAGGCCGAACACCUCUCCAGAAUGAAAAGCAAGAACGGCGACACCACAGACUGACGACCUAAAUAAACAUCAGUUUUAAACGGUCCUCCAAUAAUAAGCUCGUUUUUUUAACGUGUUAAUAAAAAAUAGCAUAGCGAUUAUUAAUUUAUAACGUGCGAAAACUUCCUUUAACUGGUGGUAGGACCUCUUGUGGGUUCG